GCGCUACAGGGUAUUUUCGGAAAGAGCUCGGAAUUGUCAGAAAUACUUCUAGCGAGAUGUUCGGUUGUUGCUGGUGCUGUUCCGCGUUAAGGCCGAGAUACAAGAGACUGGUGGACAAUAUAUUCCCUGUCAACCCACAGGAUGGAUUGGUUAAAAACAAUAUGGAAAAGCUGACGUUCUACUCGUUGAGCAGCCCCGAGAAGUUGGAUCGAAUAGGAGAAUACUUAUUCCAGAGAGCUUCGAGGGAUAUUUAUAGGCGUCGAAAUGGUUUCGUGAUCAUCGCUAUGGAAGCGAUGGAUCAGCUGCUGGUUGCUUGUCAUGCUCAGACGUUGAAUCUUUUUGUAGAAAGUUUUUUAAAGAUGGUACAGAAGUUAUUGGAAUCCACGGAACCGCAGCUACAAAUUCUGGCAACGCAGUCAUUUGUCAGAUUUGCCAACAUCGAGGAGGAUACGCCGUCUUAUCACACACGUUACGAUUUCUUUGUAUCAAAGUACUCUGCAAUGUGCCACUCCAAUCACAACGACCUGGCAAUCCGCAAGCAGAUUCGACUCGCGGGCAUACAGGGGUUGCAGGGUGUCGUAAGAAAAACUUUAUCCGAUGAUCUAGUAGAGAAUAUUUGGGAAUCUGUACAUAUGGACAAAAUUGUACCUUCGCUAUUGUAUAAUAUGCAGAAUGCUAGACACUCGGAUAAAGAAAAUGCAACACCUGAAAACCCGGUGGAGGAACGGACAGAUCCUCCUCAAUUUGCAGAAACCUGUAUGCGCGAACUCGUCGGUCGAGCAUCCUUCGGCCACAUUAGAUGCGUCAUUCGACCAGUACUGAGACACUUAGAUAAUCAUCAACUGUGGGUUCCGAAUUAUUUUGCUAUUCAUACAUUUAGGAUAAUUAUGUUUUCUAUUCAGUCUCAAUAUUCCUACACCGUUGUCGAAGCUCUGAUGACCCACCUUGACGAUCACUCCAAAUCCUCUCCAAAGAUUCGAACAAGCAUCGCCGACACUCUUUCAAAGAUCAUCUCCAUCGCAGCAGGUGAAAGUGUUGGUCCAUCAGUGUUGGAAAUCAUUAAUUCGCUGCUUUCACACCUGAGAAUAAGCGUGACGAGAAAUCAAUCGACCGCCAAUGAUGAGCAAUUGUAUCAAGAAGCUCUUAUCAACACUUUGGGAGAAUUUGCCAACCAUCUUCCUGAUUACCAGAAAAUCGAGAUCAUGAUGUUCAUCAUGAGUAAAGUCUCGUAUAGUCAACCGGAUCGCAUAGUCUCCGUUGGAAAGGGAGACGUUCUCCUUCAAAGUAUUCUUUUAAAGUCGCUCCUUAAGGUUGGCACGAAAUAUAAAACCAUCCACUUCAACACAACAUUCCCACCAAGCUUCUUGGAGCCACUGUUGAGAAUGUCGUUAGCCCCUGACGCAGAAGUGAGACUCCUGGUUCAGAAGAUCCUUCACACCCUUAUCGAUCGACAUCACAACAUUCCCAAACUCUCCAAGCCGACCGUAAACGUAUCGAACUUGGACGUCAUUGUCGGAAAGUCCUCCAGACCAGAUGUCAUAUUCAUCCGCAAGCACGGUCCAGAAAUUUACCUGGCCCUAUACGAGUCCCUAGAGCUCCCGAGCAACACAGUGGACAACGUCGAGGCAGUUUAUACAACCCUAGCUCUACUUGUCGUGGAGUUAGCUUCCGAAGAAACGGUUCUAGAGUUGCUAAGACUAGUGCUGAGUCUGCAAGAUCUGGCACUGACUAGUGGUCAGAUUGGUAUUUCUCUAAAAUUCAAUCUUCACACUGUUGUGAUAAGCCUACUAGCCCUCAUCGCCUACAUUUGCAAUAUAAACUCUCUCAAGGAUUACGCCAAUAAGAUUAUAGAGGCUCGUCGCAAGGAAACCCCACACCUCUUGCCAGACUUGCAGUCAAGAUACGAUAGUGAUUUGCCUUCUCGUGUGCCUCCACCAUUGUUGGUGGACCAAACAGUGGUUACGGAGUGUUUGAAUGCUGCUGGCCUCGACACUGGUAAACUACAGCAGGGGUCUGGUUAUAGUAGUACUUCCCUUCAACAUAGGCACUCCUGGGUUGACAGCGCUGGUAGGAAUUCACUGGCUGACAUCAACGCAGGCACAGAACUUGACAGCGCCAGCUCUUCUCCUGGAGUUCAGAAGAAAUUACCUGGAGAAGAACUGACUUUCGAAAGUAUGAAGAGGAUACUAACAGAGAACAAUAACAACCAAGUAGUGGAGGAGGAGAAACGAAUGGAGCUUUCACAAUUUUUCAGAAAUGCUCCGUUCAAAGAACUAGUCGACAAGACCCAACCGAAGCACGAUGUUCUUCAGAAUAAACUCUCGGAGAUAUUCAGUACAUUGUCGGUGGAUCCCAGGCAAGCUGCUGUCCUGCCGACGGACAUCAAACCAAAUCAGACCCCAGCUUACGAAAUCCACUUUCCAGAAUUUUUCCCAAAAUUGACAAUUAAUCCGCUUGACAACCGCCUUGAUCUUUACGUUGCCGAACCCUUGACUACUGUGAAGGUUCUUUAUGCUUGACUUAUAUCACACAUGUAUCGAAUACGAGACACCAAGCAAUAUUGUUAACACGAGAUGAAUACUUUAAAUCGAAACUCGUCUACAAGCAGAAAUAAAUAAACGCACUGUCGAGAGCUGAA